AUGUCGCCCAAUCUCAAGCCGCUGAUCCUCCCGCAGCUGGUCCAAGAGCGCCGCAAGUGGGAUAUCCAACAAGUCAACGCUGAAUGCGACCUCUCUUACGUCUACUACACAACAAACUCGUCUUCGUCCGAUGUCGCCUCUCCCGUCACCCCGACUUUCUCUCCCAAGGGCCACUUUCGAGUGUCGAGCUCGGCUUCGUCUCUCGACCUUCCUCCUCAACUGAACGAGAGUCCUGUUUCUCCCACCCAGUCUGUCCACCCCAAGGCGCCCAUGCGACUAUUGCCCGAUGUGCAGGAGGAGCCUUUGGAACCCGAACAUGAGGAUGACAGCCCUGAUCUCGAGGAUCACUUUGGUCUCUACAGCUGCCUCUGCGACGAGCCCUGUGAGCACCGAGAUAGUUCCGAAGAUCUAAUGUUCAACGGCAACCUUGUGAGCGACUACGACAUCGACUACGACAUGGGUUUCCUGAGUGACGGUGACGUCCCCCCCGAAGCCCCCUCUCGAAAGAGGUCGGGUACCGACUCUCCUUUUGCUGGUCUCUCGUCACGCAUCGGCUCGCGACUCCCUAGCAUGUCACGAUGGAGAUCCAACAGCCGCGCGCGGGGCAACCCUAUGCUCUCUCCCAGCACCGAGCUUAGCCUGGAGAGUGUCGUGCUAUCUGGAGGCCCUUCGAGUCGUUCGUCGUCCAUGUCUGCCCCGAGCCGACCUGGUCAGGACCGUAUGCCGGAAAACAUUGGCCUGCCUACACCUGCAGUGUCAUAUUAUGGAAGCACCGAGAGCGUCAACCUGCCAACCACCCUGCCUGCGCCCAUCGACAUUGAGAAGGCGCAAGCCCACAAGGAGCGGUCGAGUUUGGAGCGAGAGCGUGGCCUGGCUACUACUCCUCUGCUUCCUCCUCUUAUGACAAGCCCUCUCAGCGGACCCCCGCCCGAGUCGCCUCUUCAGUCGCCCACUGUCGCGCCUCACUCGGCAACUGUCGACAUGCCCUCACCGCUGCCGCCUUCGACACACUUCCCUCGACCGUCAUUGAGCACCAAGCCGUCUGUCUCUUCGUUCCGACACUGUCCCAACAGCCCCGAGCUGCCGCUUCCGCUCCCAUCGAUUCUGCAAGAGCACGAUGAGUGGUCGGACCGCCUGGGACACGCCAACUUCACCAUCACGCCGCAACCGUACCAGCCUGAUGCCGUGAACCUCGAAGCGCUCCGGCAAUUGCGCCACGACUGGGAUCUGGCCCGAUGUAACUACACCAAGCACCUGGUCCGAACGGGCGAGAAUUAUGGCGAGACGAGCAAGAUCUACGCAUUGACCGAGGCCAAGUGGGCGGACCUCGAGAAGCGAUGGAGGACAAUGCACGACAAUCUCAUGGAGCAGAUUGUGGAAGCUACCAGCUCGGCACCUUCAUCGACGAGUUCCGACCGAAGCCGAAGCCGUGGUCGCGGACGGGCACGAGCCAGCAGCGGCGGAGCUGCCCUCCUCGGACGACCUCCCACGGACGACGUCUUUGCGGGAAUGCAGUGGCGACGGCUCGAGGACGGACUUCCCAGUGCGAUUCCACGACUGGUUGACGCAGAUGGCAAGUUCCCGGCGCGAGGCGACGAGGACAUUGUAGGACCCAUGCAACGAGACGAAGUGAUGCUACGGACGCACAGCGAAGAGCGCAAGGGAGCACGAUUCUGGAAGAAUCUGGCCGGCAAGGUCGGGCUCCGAAAGUAA